CACUCUCUCUCUCUCUCUCUCUCUCUCUCUAUCCUUUUCUCUGCUGUGCGCCUUGUGUUGGUUUGUAGGGAUUCCCAUUCCCACCUAUUUUCCCAAACACAAAGCACUCAAAAGAGAGAGAGGUAGAUAGUAAAGAGAAAACCAAAGACCCCCAACAAAGACAAAAGAGAAACCCAAAUACCAAAAACACACAAAAAGCAAAAGCGACACACAGAGAUAGCUUCCGCUGAAAAUGCUCACCGGAUUUCAUUUUCCGGCGAGUUCCUCUCCUCCGAGACAAACCUAAUGCUGCCGGACUGACCCAAGAGCGAGACCAGAGAGUUCAAAGCUGUGUGCUGUGCCUGUGAGCUCUGUGACAGUUUGUGCUGUGGGCUGGGGUGUGUAUAUAUGUGAGACGAAAAUGCGUGAAGCACUGCUAUGUGAAUCGCCGAGCGACGUCGUUUCCCACACGAAGAAGAAGAAGUCGGGGGAGGAGGACCACAAGGGGGACAGAGAAACACCACAGCUGGUGCUGGCGCCGGCGGCAGUUGCUGGAAUCGGGCGCAGCCGAUCCCAGGCCACGACGCGCCGAGUGACGCCGACGACUACGACGACGAUAACGACCGUCGCGGCCUUUCCCGCGACGACGUCGUCCAGCAUCGAGAGGCAUCUGCCGAACGGAGAUCUCUACAUCGGGAGCUUCUCCGGGUCGGUCCCAAACGGAUCGGGCAAGUACCUCUGGACCGACGGGUGCAUGUAUGAAGGCGAGUGGCGGCGAGGGAAGGCCUCCGGCAAAGGCAAGUUCUCGUGGCCGUCGGGCGCGACGUACGAGGGCGAGUUCAAGUCGGGUCGGAUGGAGGGGUCCGGGACCUUCAUCGGAUCCGACGGCGACACGUAUCGGGGUUCCUGGUCGUCGGAUCGGAAGCACGGGUUCGGGCAGAAACGGUACGCGAAUGGCGACUUCUACGAGGGCUCUUGGAAACGAAACGUCCAAGACGGGCAAGGACGGUACGUUUGGGGAAACGGGAAUGAGUAUGUAGGGGAGUGGCGAAACGGCGUCAUUUCGGGUCGCGGGGUGUUGAUUUGGGCAAACGGGAACAAAUACGACGGGCAAUGGGAAAACGGCGUUCCGAAAGGUAACGGAAUCUUCACUUGGCCGGACGGGAGCUGCUAUGUGGGUACGUGGAACAAGGACCUGAAGGUUCAUCAGCUCAACGGUACUUUUUAUCCUGCUAAUGGCGGGAAGGAGCAGAGCUUGACCGACAUUGGGGCUUUUGGGGCUGAGAAUCUGACGAUUACGAUGCGAAAACGCUCCGUUUCGUCGGUGGAUGGGGCUAGAGGGAGCUUGGCGGAGAGGACUUUUCCCAGGAUUUGUAUCUGGGAGUCUGAUGGGGAAGCUGGGGAUAUUACUUGUGAUAUUAUCGAUAAUGUGGAGGCUUCGAUGUUCUACAGAAACGGCACAGGUUUCGAUCGAGAUGGGUUUGGCAAGUUCCGGCGAAGUCCCUGUUGUUUUUCUGGCGAGCCCAAGAAGCCUGGCCAGACCAUAUCAAAAGGGCAUAAGAACUACGAUUUGAUGCUCAAUCUUCAACUGGGUAUUAGAUACUCUAUUGGGAAGCAUGCUUCGAUAGUGAGGGAUCUUAAGCCCAGUGAUUUCGAUCCCAAAGAGAAGUUCUGGACCAGGUUUCCACCGGAAGGAUCGAACAAAACGCCGCCCCAUCAGUCGUUUGAGUUUCGGUGGAAGGACUAUUGUCCUAUGGUGUUCAGACAUUUGAGGGAGCUAUUCCAAGUAGAUCCUGCAGAUUAUAUGCUGGCUAUUUGUGGAAAUGAUGCCCUUAGGGAGCUUUCUUCUCCAGGGAAGAGCGGAAGUUUCUUUUACCUGACUCAGGAUGAUAGAUUUAUGAUAAAGACAGUCAAGAAAUCGGAAGUCAAGGUUAGUUGCCCACCUCGCUUUGCCAAUUUUUUUGUUCCGGUGCAUUGUGUCAAACCUGUUGGCGGCCAGAAGACGAGGUUUAUCGUGAUGGGCAAUUUGUUCUGCUCGGAUUACAGAAUACAUAGACGAUUUGACCUAAAAGGAUCAUCCCAUGGUCGAACAACUGAUAAGCCUGAGGGGGAAAUCGAUGAAAUCACAACUCUCAAGGACUUGGAUCUUAAUUUUGUGUUUCGCCUCCAAGGAAAAUGGUUCCAAGACCUUAUGAAGCAAAUUGAUCUAGAUUGUCAAUUUCUGGAAGCAGAGAGAAUAAUGGAUUAUAGUCUUUUGGUUGGUGUUCAUUUUUAUGAUGGCAGCAAUACAUAUGACAAAAUGGGGCUGUCACCAUUUAUUUUGCGAUCUGGCCAAAAGGAUUCAUAUCAGAAUGAAAAGUUUAUGCGUGGGUGUCGAUUUCUUGAAGCGGAGUUACAAGAGAUGGAUCGAGUUUUGUCUGGCCGGAAACCAUUGAUCUGUUUAGGAGCCAAUAUGCCUGCUAGGGCAGAGCGGAUGACUCGAAAGAGUGACUUUGAUCAGUACACCCCUGGUGGGUUCAGUCAUUUGACCCCUUCACGAAGUGGUGAAAUCUACGACGUAGUCCUCUAUUUUGGGAUAAUCGACAUUUUACAAGACUACGAUAUCAGCAAGAAGUUAGAGCACGCAUAUAAAUCCUUGCAAGCUGACCCAAGUUCGAUCUCAGCUGUUGAUCCAAAGCUUUACUCGAAGAGGUUCAGGGAUUUCAUUGGAAGAAUUUUCAUAGAAGAUAGGUAGUCUUCAAAAGAGAAAUUUCUGAGUGGAAACCGGUACUGUUGGAUUAAGAAGAUUCAACAUUUGAUCCUCUUCUGAGGGAGGGCUCACGCAGCUCCAAUGGGGGUAUGGAGCAAAAAGACUUGGGGUAAAUUCAGAGAUGGCACGACCGCAACUGUGGCGGAACGACAGAAGCUCUGUGGUUUGUUGUCAGGUGCCUGCCCUAUGGCUGAAUUUUGAAAACACAGCCAAAGGUGUUUUGGUGUUGGGGGUGGUUUGGGUGCUUGUACAUUCAAGGGAGAGGGAGGUUUGGGUUCUGAUGUCUUUCUUCCUUAUUCUUUCCUUUUUUUUCCCUUUAGGUGAAAUUUUUGUGGUAAUCAAGGAAUGUGAAGAUUUGAAAGAUAGGUCUAGGGAACAGAGUUAAAAUGUUUCCCAGAGAGAAGAUUCAAAAAAAAAAAAAAAGGGGGAGGGGACUUGGAAUAACAAAAAGUGUACAGGGUUUAUAGAGAAAAAAAAAAGGAUGGAUCAUAGCUUAUGCAAUUGAAUGAAUUUUUAUUGUGAUAUUUUGAAAAUGUUUGAAUCAUCUAUGCCACAAUAGGCCCCACAGGAAUCUCAAUCUCAAUCUCUCUCUCUCUCUCUCUCUCUCUCUCUCUCUCUCUCUGAGAGAUGUAUAAAAAAUGGGGUUGCAAUGUGGAGUAGAAAUGGGGUCACUGCUUUGCUUUUUCAGUGAAAGGGAGAGCAUUGGGCAGGAGGUAUUAAGAAUGCAUGAAAAGCAGAGAAAGCAAGAGAAAGAUGCGCUGGCUCUUCUUGUUUU